GAGUAGACAUGGAUACCAUUAUGCCAAAUUCCUCGAGCCCCAGGGAGGCACUUACAUUUCAUGAUACCUGGUUCACAUGGCUAUUAUUCACCAUCGGGUUUAUACCAAUCAGUACAUACUUUGUUACAAACGUGCUAUCUUUGCUCGCUCUACAAACCCCAAAAAGUAUCAAAGAUCCUCCACUGCUGCCCUAUUGGAUUCCGUUCAUAGGAAACGCGUUCACUUUGCUGUACGAUGUUGGGGGACUCGCUAACAUGAUCAAGUGAGUGAACCAUCAUUGCAGAAAUAUGACACUUCGAUUCCCUGCUGACCAUCCCAACUUGCAGAAAGAGAUAUGGCGAAUCCACACCGGUUUUGGUAACUCUAGGACCGAUCAAAGGAUACGUGGUGUCUAAGCCUGAGCAUUUUGCGACGUUACUCAAGUCAUCUGCAAGAACCCUCACCCCAAAGCCUCUCAUUGCUCUGGUAAUGGAGAAUGUGUUUGGUACCCCAAAAGACGCCAUACAUAUCUAUCGCAAUGACAACUCCGGUGUUGCACCAAAUCCAAUCCCUGGCACUAAUGUCAAACAUAGAGUCUUCUACCAUCAGCACUUAUCCGCUCAUCGAUUUCUAACGGGUCAUAAUCUCAAGAGAAUGACGGAACGAUUCGUGGAUUUCCUGAGUGAAGAAUGCUACCAGGACCGAAGUAUUGGUGAGGACUGGAUAGAUAUGCCUGAUCUCUUCGAUUUUUGGAAGACUCGUGUCCUCUGUGCAGCUGUAAAAGCCUUGUUCGGAACCUGGAUCCUUAAACUAAAUCCUUCAUUUCAAGAAGAUUUUUGGACCUAUGUCAACGCUACGCCAACUCUUAUGAAAGGCAUUCCUCGAUUUCUAGCACCAGGAGCUUAUGCCGCACGCGAUCGUGUUUUCGAAAGUAUCAAAAUAUGGCACCGAUAUGCCAGUGAGCACUCUGAUUACAAGGACAAUGGACCAGAAAGUAAGGAAUGGGACGAGUACUGGGGUUCGUCUUGGCUCAAGGUCCGCCAGCAAUUUGCGCGAAACACAGGAGAGAUGAGCGAAGAUGCCAUAGCCGCCGAAGACACGGCGCUUCUGUUCAGUGCAAACGCAAAUGCUAUUUUCAGUGCAAUAUGGUUCCUCUUGGCAAUUUACACCGAUCCUGCGCUCGAAAAGAUGGUCAAUUACGAGGUCCAAAAUAGCAUAACUCAGGACACCGCCGGAGCUAACAAGCCUCUAGCAUUGGAUAUUACUGGAAUAAUUGAUUCUCCACUAUUGCAAUCAAUCUAUGCAGAAGUUCUGCGCAUGCGUGUUGCGCUGGUCUUGAACAGGACGCCCGACAAGGCGGAUUACGAGCUGGGAGGGUGGAAGUUUCGGAAGGGCCGGUCCAUCACUUUCAGUACCCAAGUAGCUGCGCAUAACGAGAAGGCCUGGAGUGUGGAUAAGCCGCAGAGAGUGCAGAGACCACUGAGUCAGUUUUGGGCAGAAAGGUUUCUCACAUCCACGGGAAAUGGCUCGGCAGAAAAACAGUUCUCCACGGAUGGAUUGGCCGGCGCUUGGAUUCCCUAUGGGGGCGGUGUUUUCAUGUGCCCAGGAAGGCACUUUGCAAAACAGGAAAUAAUGGGCAGUGUGGCAGCUUUCUCUGCUUAUUAUGACUUACUUAUCCCCAAUAGAGAGGCUGGGUGGAUGCCCAAGGAGGACAAGCGUUUCUAUGGGCUGGGGGCUAUGCCCCCUGGAGAGAAGAUUCGCUUUCGUAUCCGGAAGAAGUCUGGUGCGCCCAUGGGACCCCCAAAACACAAGAAUUCGAGGUUGAGAGGCAACUGGUUCUGUGAUUAAGUAACCUUUCGCCAGAGCAGAAGAUGACGAGACAUGUGUAUGGCGAGUGUUUACAAUCAAGUAGUAGUAAGGAUGACUAGAAUAUGAUACCGAUACAUGUGGGAAGUUUCUGGGACAAGAACGUAAUAAAG